AUGGUUAUGUUAAGGAGAAGAAUAUGGUUGUCUAUUGUUUUGGUGUCAAUUAUAAGUGCUGGAGUUGAAGGAAGAACAUUGUUAUCUAAAGAAGAAGAAGAUGAAGAGAUAGAACAGCAAUUAAAGGCUUUAAAUAAGCCUGCUUUGAAGACUAUCAAGACUGAACAUGGUGAUAUUAUUGAUUGUGUCGAUAUAUACAAACAACCUGCAUUCGAUCAUCCUUUGCUCAAGAAUCAUACCAUACAGAUGGAGCCUAGUUCUUUUCCUGAAGAGUUGAAACGUCAAGGAACUCCAUUAUCAUCAUCUAACUUCAUGAAGAUGAAACUGAGAGGCACAUCUUGUCCAAGAGGAACUGUUCCAAUUCCAAGGAUUCAGAAGGAAGAUCUUAUAAGACUUAAAUCUUUGUCACAAAGAAAGGAAGCAUAUUUCAACUCAAAUAAUGACGACAAUUCGACUCAGAUUGCAGAUUGUAAUAUACAAGCACACCCAAACAAAUCAUUUAGUGGAGGAUCAGCUUUGUUUUCUGUAUACAACCCAAUACUUACAUCUAAAGAUGAGUACAGUGCAACAACAUUGUGGGUUCAAAACUUUAACGAUGAACAAUAUAAUAGUAUUGAGGUCGGAUGGACGGUGGAUCCGGUGUUAUAUGGAGAUAGUAUAACUCGUUUAUACACUCGUUGGACAGCUGAUAGUGGUAGACGAGCUAGAACAGGUUGCUACAAUAUUCUCUGCCCUGGUUUUGUUCAAGUUGGCCCCUACCCCGUCAGUCAAGUUCUACUACCUAUUAUUCAUGAUCCUCAUGGAGGCAGUGUCCUUGAUGUUGUGGUUUUUAAGGAUAUAAAGACUAAAAAUUGGUGGUUCGCUAGACCAGAAUCAAAGACAGCUAUUGGUUAUUGGCCUGCAAGUUUGUUCAACAUUAUGAAGGAUGAAGCUCACCGAAUUGCUUGGGGAGGACAAGCCUAUAGUCCAAAAGAUGAUGGUGGUGUGGAAAUGGGGAGUGGGCUAUUCUUAUCAAAGCAAGAGCUUAAAACUUGUUUUGCUGCAAAACUUCAAUUUGUAGAUGAAACAAAUCAUUAUAUGAAUCCAAGUCCUUAUAAGGUAGAAACCUAUACAAGCAAUCCAAAUUGUUAUGGCGUUGAGUAUAGAGGCUAUACUGGUCCAGCUUUAGAAUUUGAUGUAUUGUUUGGAGGUCCUGGUGGCUUGAAAUGUAGAAAAUAA